UUACUAUCUUUAAGAUAAAGAAGAAAUGUAAAUGCUUUGUGUUGAAAAUAAAAAAUUCCUUAUAUAUUAAUACACGAUGCUUUAAAGUUAUAAGCUUGCCAUCUAAAGACUGCUUUACCAUCCAGACUAAUUGUAAGUCAAACUAGAAGGAGAAAGUCUUGGGUAUGUUUUUGGGUUCCAUUAUCGCACAGAUGUUAAUAUUUUUUUCUAGAAUAAAUUGCUUUAAUAAGUCUUGAACAGCUCAAUUAUGAUUAACAUUUAAUUGUGUAAUUAUUAAGACUAUUAAUUGGCCUCCCCGCAGACUUCCUUAAUUUUCUUUCACGCUUUGCAUCUGUGCCUAUAUUGUAAUUAGAAUCAAGACCUAUUUAUGCACGCAACACAUAUUGUACUUGAGAUGUGCACUCCUUAAGUUGAUGAUUUGUAAAACAUAAUUAAAACAAGUAUUACUUCUGUCAGUCUUGGAUUUAUACUUUAGUGAUUACUGCUUUCUAAGUGGUCUCCUUUUGAUGUAACUUCAAGAAGGAGAGUGCUACUAAUUCUGAUUAUGCAUUAUUAUAUAUGCAUUGAUUAACUUGUCACGAGAGUCUGGAUAUAGGCGGCUCAGGCAAAUUCACUUACUUUUUAUUGAUGGGCUUUUAGUAAGGUUGUAUGAUUGGUGAACAUUAAAUUCAUUUAUUGGAGGAAUUAUUAUCUUUAGCUCAUCGCUCGGAUGACCAGCUGUUAUUAGCUCUAUUAGCUCCGCCUUGUUUUCACCUAAAUUAUUCUAAUUUUAGUGAAAGAAAGUGUGAAUUCUCGCGCAUUUUGUUAAAAUAUUUAACUUAAGGUUUAAUUAAUCUAUAUAUAUAUGGGAAUGUGUUAGGGUGUGUUCGUAGAUGGAGAAACCGAGUUUUAUCUCAGCUAAUAUUAUAAAGUUUUAAAAUUUUAGUUUUCUCAGCAAAACUAGACCUCUUGAUUUCAUGUUUCUAGCAUAUUAUGAUUCAAGGAUGUAUAUAACUAUGUAUAUUUACAUAUGUCUUAGAAAAAAUUUUUACCGAGAAGUUUAUGACGUAAAAGUCCACGUGAAAAAUGUCAACAGGUGUCACGUAUUUCUAAGAUUAUGAGUUACAUGUACAAAUCGCGUGAAUAAUAAUAAACCCCACACGGAAUAAAUACAGCAAAAAUUAAAAGUUCUACGAAGUUACAUGACUCCCUCCUAAUCUAGAUAAAGAUCAGAAGUCCUUAUAAUCUAAGUCUAGAAAAUUAAUUAGAUAAUUUUAUAUAGAUAACAGCAAACACUGGUUAUUUUAGAAAUUUAUGAUGAUUGAAGAAUUUAUUCUGGGUUUAAUCAUUGUGUUGGGGAUUGUAUACAUUUAUUAUAAGUUUGUGAUAUUUAAUUUUUGGCACAAAAGAGGCGUUUUCUACGUCGAUCCUGUUGUGCCAACUGGAAACAUAUCAGCUCUUAUAACUGGAAAAACUCAAACAGGCGUAUUCUUCCAUGAUGCCUACAUGAAAUAUAAGGAUCAUCGCGUAUUUGGAAUGUAUUCACUUUAUAAACCAAACUUAGUAAUUGCCGAUCUCGAUCUUAUUCGAACGGUAUUGACAAAAGAUUUUGGAAGUUUCCAUGAUCGCGGAAUGUUUUAUAAUGAUAAAACUGACCCAUUGUCUAGUCACUUAUUUUUUAUGCCUGGAAAAAAAUGGCGAAAUUUGCGCAUCAAGAUGACACCUACUUUCACUUCAGGAAAAAUAAAGCAGAUGUUUCCUAUAUUAGAGGAAUGUGGCGAAGAACUUGCAAAAUAUCUAGAGAGCAAAGCACUGGUAAAAGAUACUAUCGAGAUGAAGGAUAUAUUUACAAGGUAUACAACAGAUGUAAUUAUGUCAACUGCUUUUGGUAUCAAAUCUAAGUGUAUUGAAGAGCCAAAUAAUGAAUAUAGAAUACAAGGAAAAAAGAUUUUUGCUGUGAAACCAUUAUGGAUUGCUCUGUUUAUGUUCGUGCCACAAAUUAUGGAUUUCUUUUCUAUUCCCCUCACUGACCCAUCAGUUACCAAGUUUUAUAUGAAUAUGUUUCGAGAGAGUGUAGAAUACAGGAAAGUUCAUAAUAUUGUCAGACAUGACUUUAUGCAUCUGCUUAUUCAACUGAUGGAUAAGGGCUAUGUUGAGCCUGAUGGUGAUAAGAAGACUAAUGUAUCAUCUGAAGCAGCAGUACAUAAACUUACUAUGACAGAAGCUACUGCGCAAAGUUAUAUCUUCUUCAUAGCUGGCUUCGAAACAUCUUCAACAACGGCAACCUUAGCUCUAUAUGAAUUAGCUCAACAGCAUGACAUACAAGACAAAGUUUACAAGGAAAUCAAUGAAAUAUUAGCAAAACAUGGUAGUCUAACUUAUGACGCUGUAAACGAAAUGACAUACCUUAACAAAAUAAUAAAUGAGACUUUGAGAAAAUAUCCACCUCUUCCUGUCUUGAAUCGCAUCUGCACUCAGGAAACAGACCUACCGACAGUGAACAUUCGCGUGCCAAAAGGGACCUUUAUAACUAUACCACUACUUGGAUUACAUCGAGAUCCAUCGAUAUAUCCAAAUCCGGAUAGAUUUGAUCCUGAACGAUUCAACGCAGACAAAAUAAGAGAACGGCAUCCUUACGCUUAUAUGCCAUUCGGAGAAGGCCCACGAAAUUGCAUUGGUGCUCGGUUUGGCAGCAUACAAACAAAAAUUGGAUUAAUAUGUCUCCUAUCAAAAUACAAGUUUAAACUUCAUCCUCGAACUCCGAUCCCGCUCAUUUUCGAUGAAAGCUAUUUAGUUCUACAGCCAAAAGGCGGUGUACACUUUAUUAUCGAGUCACGAUAA